AUGAGCGACAACGACCCAGAAGCUCUGGCGCACCACAAGGAAAAGGUGCUCAAGGGCGAGAUGCCUGCGUUUGUGCCCGAGGUCGAGGGCUGGCAUGAGACGUUGGCCUCGGUUUCGGAGGCGGUUGUAAAGGCGGAGCGCUACGUCGACGAGGACUCCACCAAGGACCCUCACAAGCUGGAACAGCUGCAGAAGCACACCAUCGAGGUGGUGCAGCAGCUGCAUCACCAUGGAGAGGAUGGUAUGCCGGAGAUCCCCAAGCGCAGUCAGCAAGACGUGUCCGGCUCACCUGCGCACUCUGCCAACCUGGAGCACAUGCGCAAUGCGCCCGGUUCAGAUCCUCGCUGA